AUGGCGAUGAUCACAGUGUGCGGCUAUCCAUGCUCAGGCAAGACCACCCGUGCACUCCAGCUCGUCUCCUUCCUCGAACACCGCUUGAACGACACCGCGACUCCCGCUCGACACCGCUCCGCCUCAAAGGUCGUCCUCAUCAACGACGAGUCGCUCGGGAUCGCAAAGGCCGCCUACGAUGACACCCGAGCAGAGAAGCCCGCGCGAGCUGCUCUCUUCAGCGCCGUACAGCGCAGCCUGGCGAAGGACACGAUCGUCGUCGUCGACGCGAUGAACUACAUCAAAGGGAGCAGGUACCAGAUGUACUGCGCGGCGAGGGAGAUCGGCGUCAGGACUUGCACGCUUUUCGUCGCCACGCCGCCAGACAAGUGCCAGGAAUGGAACACCCAGCGAGCCGACUCGUCUAGAUACGCUGAAGCGACCCUCGACAACCUCAUCUCGCGCUUUGAAGAGCCCAAUUCUGCUGCGCGGUGGGACGCACCGCUCGUCACCCUCGCUUUCGACGAUCCGGCGCUGGACAGUCGGCCCGAAUCGUCCGCAGAUGCAGAACGAGCGAUGGAGGGAAGCGAAGCAGCACAGCGGAUAUGGAGCGCGAUAACGGAGGGGGAGAUCAAGCCGCCGAAUAUUGCGACGCAGGUCGUCCACACCUCCUCCACCUCGUACCUCACAUUGCUCGACUCGGCCUCCUCCUCCGUCAUCUCCUCCCUCCUCUCCCUGCAAUCCCUCUCCCCCCUCUCCGGCCCAACCACGCUCCUCGUCCCGCUCUCCUCCUCCCCUCCCCCAAAAAUCGACCUCACCCUCCCCUCUCGACAAUUGACGCUGCCCAUGUUGCAGAGGUUGAAGAGGCAGUUUGUGCAGCUUCAUGCGAGGACGGCGGGGAGCGUCGAGUUUGGUGAGGAGGAGGUGGUGAGGAUGUUUGGGACGUAUCUGGGGGAGCAGUUGAGGUAG